GAUUAUUAAAUAACGGCUCUAAAAUAUCGCGAGAGAUUCUUAUUUAAGAGUCAGGCUUUGUAUUUCUGCUUUUAUUUUAUUUAUUAACCUUUUAAAGAUGUUGAGGCCAGGUCAGAGUCAGGGGGGCAAAUGGGUCAGUGGGUAAUGCCCCACUAAACCCAGUAUUACAAGGCAGGAAAAAACAUACCAGUAAAUGUUUCUGUCUGUUCCUGGUGGUUUUGUAAUGUGCCUUGGCUUUGCCUGAUGGGCUGAUCUCACAGUGUAAAGGAUUCUAAUGCUUUAACUGAUCACCUGGGACUGACUCCAGAUGCAUUUGAUGGGUCCCUAUGUGUAGGGGUCUUGCAGGAAAAUGGUGGUCUCUAAAGCUUAAUCCUUAAACCCAUUCCCAUUAGCAAGCAAAAACAUUAGGCUUUAGUCCUAGUGGUUCUAAUGGUCUUUUUCUCAGUAGGGUAUGUACAUGCUUCUAUACUGACAAGAGGCAAAAGAAUGUAAAAGAGGUUUGCUUUGAUCACUUUAUAUUAUCUUCAUGUAGGGAUGCGCUGUAUGAUGUGUAAAGAUAAAUAAGCAGAUUUCCUAAAUGAGCAUACCUUGGGUGAUUUGUAUAAAUGUUGCUCUUGUUGAUUCUCCCCUAAAUGUGUGGCUCCCUUUGGGUGGGUGAGGACCACAGAACAGAUUUAGUCAUACCAAAGAGUUCUCACAUAUAUGUACCUAUUUUUGUCUGCCGUGCAGAAAUGUAAUGGUACACUCAGCCCCUGACUCAGUUAGGCUCUUGAUACUGAAUUCAGUAGAUUCAGUGUUCCACGAUAUUUUGAACAAAAUUCAAAUGAUGAUGAUCAUUAUUAUCAUAAGACCUAUACGAAUAGGAUUAGUUUUAGAUGUCAUGUAAUUUUUGUAUCCAAGUGAUUUUCUCAUAUCAGUAAAGAUUCUGACACUUUUUACUUCCUAUAGAAUUAGCUGUAGAAAUAAACCCAGGUGAUAUUCCAUGCAAAUUGACAGUAAAUAGAAUCAGUAAAACACUAUCAUUUAAAUCCAGAGAAAACAGAAUAUAUGUGCCAUUCUAAUGUUCUGUAAAGUUCGAAAGUUGUAAAUUAAAUGUGCAAUUUAUUAGUAUCUUUAAUAGUCUGAAACGUGCACACGUUGAAAAUCUCCUUUAUGCAUAUGCACGAACAGGUAUCCAUACACUCAUUGCGAGGCUAAGAGGUGUAAAACCAGACUCAGAUCAGUUUCAUAAAUCAGCUUUAAUGGAACCUUUAUCUCAUGUUGACGUCACAUUGGCUCCAAAGGUCACAUAUUUCAUAACCUGCGCUGUUAUCAUGCCAGCAAACUGCAGUGGCUGUCACAGUAGAGAAGACCUAGCAUAUCGGCUUUUAUUUGCAAUCAUCUGAUCAACGUUGAACAGUAAAUAUGAGUGCUUCCAGAGAUGCCAAGGUCGUGGUGGUCGGUGCAGGAUUUGCAGGUUUGGCUGCAGCAGUCUCUCUGGUCCAGGCUGGUUUUCAGCACAUCCAAAUCCUCGAGGCUAAUGGACGAGUUGGAGGCAGAGUCCAUACCACCAGACCAUUCACCAAGAAUAUUAUAGAACUUGGUGCCAACUGGAUCCAUGGACAGGAUGGGAACCCGAUUUUCCAACUAGCAAAAGAAGGUGACUUGUUGGUUGAAGGGAUGUCUUCCAGUAAAAUAAUGUGCUUGCCCCACUCAGUAACUCCCCGUGAUUACUUUUUCAAGCAAGGUGGGAAACAGCUUUCUGCUGAAACUGUCGAUCAGGUAUGUUCCCUAUUCAGUAAACUCACCUCCAAGGCCUUUGACUCAGAGCUGGAAGAUAGACACAAAGCCUUAAGUCUAGGGAGUUAUCUUGAUGCUGCCUUUGCCGAGUCACCUUUAGCUGCUUCUGAAGAUUCUGAAAGACAAAGGAUUUUUGAGUGGUGUAAGAGAAGUGAAUGCACAGAUGAGGCAAGUUCAUCGCUAUAUGAAGUGUCUGCAUCGCAGAUUGGUUAUUACAUUGCUCUUGAGGGAGGCUUUUUUAACUCUUUGGGUCCUGGGGGCUACCAGGCAAUAUUAGAUAUUCUUUUGAAAUGUUUGCCUUCAGGAAUGAUCCUGAGCAAUAAACCAGUGAAGAACAUCCACUGGGACCUAGAGGAGAAAUCCCAGGGCACUGAGAGCAGAGAGAUGCAUCCUGUGAAGGUGAUCUGUGAAAAUGAUGAAGUUUUUGAAGCUGACCAUGUAAUUGUGACUGUAUCUUUAGGGGUUUUAAAGCAACAGGCAGCAGCUAUGUUUAAACCAGCCUUACCAAAAUCUAAGAUGGAUGCUAUUGAGAGGCUCGGCUUUGGUACGGUGGACAAGAUCUUCCUGUGUUUUAGUGAGAGGUUUUGGCCAGAGGACUGUGCUGGAAUCCAACUCGUGUGGGAUGAAGGGCCUGAAGAUAAGUCUGUCUACACUUCGCAAACUGAAGAGGCCUGGAAAGAGAAGUGGUUUAAGAAGAUCUGUGGAUUUGAUACUGUGGCCUGUCACCCUACAGUACUCUGUGGCUGGAUUACAGGCAGAGAAGCCCUUCACAUGGAGACACUUCAGGACAGUGAAGUGGGAGAUACCUGUGUGAGACUGAUCAGGUCCUUCACCGGCUGGUCUGUUCCUGAUGUGUCCCAAGUGCUGAUCUCCAGGUGGGGUUGUGAUCCUCAUACCCUUGGUUCCUAUACAUUUGUUCCUCACAAUGUGAAUGCGGUGAAGGAGCAUGAGGCACUAGCAGCACCUCUUCCCUUUCAAAAUAAAGUUCCAGAGAGCAAGCCCCUGCAGGUGCUGUUUGCAGGAGAAGCCACUCAGGUGAACUUCUACACCACCACCCAUGGAGCCUACCUCUCAGGAGUCAAAGAAGCACAGAGACUCAUAACUCUGUACUCUGAUAAGACACUCAGUCAUUAGAGAACAAAAUGCUAACUGCUGUGACUCUUUUUAUUGAUUUUUAUGACUGCGCAAUGAUUGACAGACUACAUGAGCAUGAUCUUUGCAAUUUUCAAGGACGUGAGCCAGAAUUGUUGGAGCCCACUAAGUAAGACAUACUUGCUUAGUGGGCUCCAAUGACUGACCAUUGGGGCGCUAUGACUGACAUAUAUUUGAAACAUUUGAAUCCAUAGGAGCAUUGCUAUCUUUAAUUUUUGAGCAGAUUCCCAGCUGGAUUGUUAAAGGGGUCCCUCCUCUCCAUGGUCCAUAUGGUGUAGGACUGUUGAGCUGACCUUGAUGAAGAUAAUGCUUAACUGCAUCUGCAGGAAUGUGUCUUUACUCCAUACCUGUUAUAUAAAUAUUAUGUCUUUCAGAA